CCGGCAGCGUUGACAGGCGGCCCCGGGGGCCGUGGCCCAAGUGGCGGCUCCGGCGCGAUGGCGGGGGCGGCGGGGCGCAUGGCCGAAGUGAGCUGGACGGUCUUGGAGCGGAGAGCCCGGGCCAAGCGCUCAGAAGGGAAAAUCGCUGUAGUUUAGCCUGUGACGCUUGUGAUUAGAGCCGACGCUUUGAAAUGGCCCGCGCGCCCGGCGCAGUCGCCUCUUCUCCACCGCCUCUCUUAAGGUCUGGCUCCGUCUAUGAACCCCUGAAGAGCAUCCACCUCCCGAGGCCCGACACCGGGACCCUGUGGGACCGGCUGGACCGCUACUACGGCAUCGUCAAGUCCACGCUGCUGCGCUACCAGAGCCCGACCACGGGCCUCUUCCCCACGAAGACAUGCGGCGACGACCAGAAGGCCAAGGUGCACGACAGCCUGUACUGCGCCGCGGCGGCCUGGGCGCUGGCGCUGGCGUACAGGCGCCUGGACGACGACCAGGGGCGGACCCACGAGCUGGAGCACUCGGCCGUCAAGUGCAUGCGCGGCGUCCUCUACUGCUACAUGCGCCAGGCGGACAAGGUGCAGCAGUUCAAGCAGGACCCGCGCCCCACCACGUGCCUGCACUCCAUCUUCCACGUGCACACCGGCGACGAGCUGCUCACCUGCGAGGAGUAUGGCCACCUGCAGAUCAACGCCGUGUCGCUGUACCUGCUCUACCUGGUGGAGAUGACCUCCUCCGGCCUGCAGAUCGUCUACAACACGGACGAGGUCUCCUUCAUCCAGAACCUGGUGUUCUGCGUGGAGAGGGUGUACCGGGUGCCCGACUUCGGCGUCUGGGAGAGAGGCAGCAAGUACAACAAUGGCAGCACGGAGCUGCACUCGAGCUCCGUCGGCCUGGCCAAAGCUGCUCUGGAAGCGAUUAACGGAUUCAACCUCUUCGGCAGCCAGGGCUGCUCGUGGUCGGUGAUCUUCGUGGACCUGGACGCCCACAACCGCAACCGGCAGACACUAUGCUCGCUGCUGCCCCGGGAGUCAAGGUCGCAUAACACAGACGCCGCCCUGCUGCCCUGCAUCAGCUACCCCGCCUUCGCCCUGGACGACGAGGCGCUGUUCAUGCAGACGCUCGACAAGGUGGUCCGGAAACUUAAAGGAAAGUACGGAUUCAAGCGCUUCUUGAGAGACGGGUACCGCACGUCCUUGGAAGACCCCAACAGACGCUACUACAAGCCGGCUGAGAUCAAGCUGUUUGACGGCAUUGAAUGUGAAUUUCCCAUAUUUUUCCUGUACAUGGUGAUCGACGGCGUCUUCAGAGGCGACUCCCGACAAGUGCAGGAGUACCAGGGCCUCCUGGCCCCCGUGCUUCAUCAGACCGCGGAAGGCCACCCGGUCGUGCCCAAGUACUACUACGUGCCCGCGGACUUCGUGGAGCUUGAGAAGCGGAGCCCUGGCAGCCAGAAGCGCUUCCCCAGCAACUGCGGCCGCGACGGGAAGCUGUUUCUCUGGGGGCAGGCCCUUUAUGUCAUCGCCCAGCUCCUGGCGGACGAGCUGAUCAGCCCCAAGGACCUGGACCCCGUCCGGCGGCACGUCCCGCUGCAGGACCGGCGCAACGUGAGCAUGCGGUUCUCCAACCAGGGCCCGCUGGACAACGACCUGGUCGUCCACGUCGCACUCGUAGCAGAAAGCCAGCGCCUGCAGGUCUUCCUCAACACCUACGGCAUCCAGACGCAGACGCCGCAGCAGGUGGAGCCCAUCCAGAUAUGGGCGCAGCAGGAGCUGGUGAAGGCGUAUUUCCACCUGGGUGUCAACGAGAAGCUGGGGCUCACGGGGCGGCCGGACCGGCCCAUCGGCUGCCUGGGCACGUCCAAGAUCUACCGCAUCCUCGGGAAGACGGUGGUCUGCUACCCAAUCAUCUUCGACCUCAGCGACUUCUACAUGUCCCAGGACGUCCUGCUGCUCAUAGAUGACAUCAAGAACGCGCUGCAGUUCAUCAAGCAGUACUGGAAGAUGCACGGCCGGCCGCUCUUCCUCGUGCUCAUCCGGGAGGACAACAUCAGAGGCAGCCGGUUCAACCCCAUACUGGACAUGCUGGCGGCCUUCAAGAAAGGAGAAGUCGGAGGGGUCAAGGUGCACGUCGACCGCCUGCAGACGCUGAUCUCCGGGGCCGUGGUGGAGCAGCUGGACUUCCUGCGCAUCAGCGACACGGAAGAGCUCCCCGAAUUUAAGAGUUUCGAGGAACUGGAGCUCCCCAAACAUUCGAAGGUCAAACGGCAAAGCAGCGCCUCCAGCGCUCCGGAGCUGGAGCGGCAGCCGGAGGUCACCGUGGCCGAGUGGAAGAACAGACCCACGCAGGACAUCCUGCAGAAACUGCAGGACUGCAGCUGUGUGGCCGGCCAGAUCGUCCUGCUGGGCCUGCUGCUCCGGAGAGAGGGCCCCGACUUCAUCACCAAGGACGGCGCCGUCUCCGACCACAUCGAGAGAGUCUACAGGAAGGCCGGCAGCAGAAAGCUUUGGUCGGUUGUGCGCCACGCCGCAAGCCUUUUAAGUAAAGUGGUGGACAGCCUGGCCCCGUCCAUUACUAAUGUGUUAGUGCAGGGCAAGCAGGUGACCCUGGGUGCCUUUGGGCACGAAGAGGAGGUGAUCUCGAACCCACUGUCGCCGAGGGUGAUCAAGAACAUCAUCUAUCACAAGUGUAACACCCACGACGAGAGGGAGGCGGUCAUCCAGCAGGAGCUGGUCAUCCACAUUGGCUGGAUCAUCUCCAACAGCCCCGAGCUGUUCAGCGGCAUGCUCAAGAUACGCGUGGGGUGGAUCAUCCACGCCAUGGAGUACGAGCUGCAGAUCCGCGGCGGGGGCAAGCCGGCCGCCGACCUGUACCAGCUGUCGCCCAGCGAGGUCAAGCAGCUCCUGCUGGACAUUCUCCAGCCUCAGCAGAACGGGAGGUGCUGGCUGAACCGGCGCCAGAUCAACGGGUCCCUGAACAGGACGCCCCCGGGCUUCUACGACCGCGUGUGGCAGAUCCUGGAGCGCACGCCCGACGGCCUGGCCGUGGCCGGGAAGCACCUGCCGCAGCAGCCCACCCUGUCGGACAUGACCAUGUACGAGAUGAACUUCUCGCUGCUGGUGGAGGACAUGCUGGGGAGCAUCGACCGGCCGCAGUACCGGCAGAUCGUCGUGGAGCUGCUCAUGGUCGUGUCCGUCGUCCUGGAAAGGAACCCGGAGCUGGAGUUCCAGGACGAGGUGGACCUGGACAGGCUGGUGCAGGAGGCGUUCCGGGAGUUCCAGAAGGACGCGGGCCGGCGGGGGGAGGCAGGCGCACCGCCGGGCGACAUGACCUCCUUCUACAACACGCCCCCGCUGGGCCAGAGGGGCACCUGCAGCUACCUGACGAAGGUCGUGAUGAACCUGCUGCUGCAGGGGGAGGUCAGGCCGAGCGGCGACGACCCGUGUCUGGUCAGCUAGCGGGGCAGCGGCCGGGCUCGGCCGGGGCCCGCCCUCCCCGGGGCACGCGUGGUCUGCGUGGGAGCCUCAGGGCCGCAAGGCCGUGCUGGGGCGGCGGUCUCCGGCCUGGGCCAAGGCCGUGGGGCCUGCCGCCUGCGCGGGCCCGUCUCGUGGUGAGGAAUGCUUGUGCCUCCGGACGGACGUGCUCGCGGUCACGCCAGCCACAGCCCCGUAGUCUUCGCUGCUCGUGCGUUUGUGACUUGAAAGCUCCCUGCUGCAUGUGGUACGAUGAAGUAGCCCGUCAGAAUAGACCGCCGCCCUGUGGACUGAAUUCCUGCUCGCUGCCGUGGACAUGGGCGUGCCGAGCGGCCGUGCACCCGGGAGCGAGAGACGCCGGGCGACGGCGGCCCGUCCCGGUGGGGGCGCUGUCCCGCUGGAAGGCGCGCAGAUGCGUCGUGAAGGCAGAACCAGCCAGCGGACAUUGCGACGCUCAGAAACUGUGUUACUGGUGAAGCUUUAGUUUGCAGCACUGCGGGACUCUUGCCCUGCAAACGCGACUGUGGCUUCGUGUCUGCGGGGGCGGGGCGGGGCGGGGCGGGAGCUCGGCGGUGAACCCGAUCAGACGCUCGUGACGCUCGUGUGACACACGCCAGCGGUGCCUGCUCCGACGUCCUCUGUGAGUGCUUGCUAAAAACAGGGCGCGUGUGAGUUGUUCAGGAGUGGGAGUGGUUAACCUAGUUUGUACUAGUGAAAACAAAAAUAAACGUCACUGAUUUUAUUUCUGAACGGA